UCUUCUCUGCCCUCCAGCAGUGUCACAUUGCGGCCAGUACAUGAUGAGCAGGCAGCUGUUGAGUGGCCACAAGGUGGAGCAGGCGAGUGAAGAGGUAGUCAAGAAUAUGAAGAUAUUACCUUUCAUUCACGGGGUGGUCCGGAUUCUGCCUGAAGGGUGGUUGUAUCCUGGGACCGCGCCCACCUUCAUCGACAGGAUACACAGCGUGAAGUUCAGAAGCAAUGACGUGAUGGUGAUGACCUUUCCGAAGUGCGGCACUACCUGGAUGAAUGAGAUUGUGUGGACCAUGCUGCACAACCCCGACCUAGAGAACCCCAAGGCGGAUGAAACAAUAUUUUUACGUUCUCCAGACAUCAGUUUUGAUAUGAUCUUUGAUUCGAAGUUUCUGGGAGGAAAACCCAUGGAACCCAUAGCUAAGAGGUUUGAAGAAAAACAUCCUGGCCGUAAAAUGGACAUGGGGGUAAUGGCUGACAUCAUUGAGGCAUUAGAAGGUCCUCGGGUCAUAAAGUGUCACUUCCCGUUUCCUCUUCUGCCUCAAGACAUCCUGGACACAAUCAAGGUAGUUUACGUGACCAGGAACCCCAAGGACAUGACCACCUCAUUUUGGAAGUUUUUUAGCACCACCAAUGUUCAUGAAUUCUGUGGUGACAUCGACAGCUUUGCCAAGCUGAUCAUGAAUGACGGAAUGAUCUAUUGUCCGUACUGGCCACACGUGAAAGCUGCAUGGGAGAAGAGAGAGCAUCCCAAUCUCCACUUCGUCUUCUACGAGGAUCUGAUAUCUGACGCCAUGCAGGAGUUGAGGAAGAUCAACGAAUUCUUGGGAACACGACUGAACGAGGAGAAACUUGAGGCCAUAAAGCGGUACACCUCCUUUUCUUCCAUGAAGUCUCGAAAGGAACUCUUGUCCGACGACUUAUUUAAGAAGGAGGAACCCAAGGAAGUUGUCUUUUUUAGAAAGGGCAUCGUGGGCGACUGGAAGAAAAACUUCCCACCAGAAUUACAGGCGGAGAUGGACCAAUGGAUCAAAAAGAACGUGACGGGGACUGACCUGAGCCUGAGCUGGGCCUUGGCGGAGUAACCCACCUGUUGAAGUGGUGCCAUUGCUACCGGCGGUGUUGAUCAGCUCACCUGUAAUAGCAGUGAUGAUGGUGGUGCUGAUCAUGAUAUUAAUGGUAAUAUCAAGAAUACUAAAUUGCCUUUGAAUACUUUUAUUGUUUUCAAUUUUGCUCACAUGUUUAAAGAUGCUACUGUACAUUUUUCAAUAUUAAUAAAGAAUACAGAACUAAA